CUCCUCCUCCUCCUCCAGGCAGCUGCGCCUCUCGUGCCUUUUUCCCUGACGCCGCGCGAAGCCUCCCAUACAGAUGAGCGCGCCCUCAGAGUCCACACGCGCGCACCUCUUGACGUCGCCAGCCACAGAGCGGCUGCGCCUCUCCUCAGCGCGGCGCCUCGCUCUCUCUCACCGCUAGCACGUAUUGCGCAACGUGACUAAUGCACAACUCGCCGUCCCACGACUGAGGCAGCCACGGCAGCGUAGGGGAGCACGUCGACGGGUAUUCUUCUGCUUCUUCAUCAUCUUCUUCUUCUGCUUCUUCUUCACGAGAGGGACAGGACAAGCAAACACAACGUUACCGACGCGAUACAACACCGCACCUUGAAGCGCUAGAAGCCGUUUGGGUUUUGCUUUUCUUUCCACUAUCGCGCUUCAUCUUCACCGGGGACCGGGGCAUCGUCUUCAUCCUCUCUUCUUGUGAUCACAGACCCGGCAAGAGAGAGAGAGAGAGAGAGACAGACAGAGAGAGAGAGCAAGAGAGAGGGAGAGAUUAGAUGAGUCGCGCACAUCUAUAGGCGGUGCGGUUGUGAUGUGAGCGCGUGUGUCAGCGGCGGAAACCGUCCGGAUCACCGUGGACAAGCGGAGCCGGGAAACUUGUCGACGCCGUGGCGGGCUGGACAUAAGGAAAGUACAGGACCGACAGCGUUCGUGUUGUGGGGGGGAUGUCAGUCGGACCCAUUCGACGGUCGUCAACGUAGCCGCCACAGCAGCGGGAGAAGCAGCGGCAGAAACGGGGCAGAUUUGAGCCAUGACAACAGCUGAGAAGUCGACGCGAUGUCCGCAGGUUUCAGUCGUGGAUCCGCUCCUGUGUGCAGCCACCGCGCGCGCCUGUGUGACCCCCAGCCGAGACGCCUAGUGGGUCAUCUGUAGACGCGCCCCCAUCAUCCGAGGGACCUAUCCUUUCAUAGCAGGACCUGGAAGUCGACAAGUGUUUGUCAUCAAUUAGCAAGGGUCGGGUGUUUCUGGAUCCGCGUCCCCGUCGUAUCUGUGUGUGUGUGUUUGCGUGCGUGUGUUUGUGUCUGUGCGUGUGCGUGUGCGUGCGUGUGUGUGUGUUUGUGUGUGUGUGUAUAUGUAUGUGUGUACUAUUUGAUUUUGGGUUCGCAUCGCAUCUCUAACCCACUUGCGGUAGAAACUCCGUCCGCGCCGAUCCGUUUCAUGACAGGCGGGAGACAUUGGCCAGAACGAGAGAGAUCAUCGUUCCCCUUUGGAAGAACACAGUGAACCCUGAAGACCCGAGUACUGGAGCGGUAUCUAUGCAAGCGAGUGGCUCUCUAUCUCGGCUGCAGCAGCAUCUCACGGACCGGAGAGGACUUCUUGCCAUUGAAGAAGCACUGGAUAUGUUGAGGUUAACGUAACAAGAUGGAUCUUAUAACGUGUGUUCUGGGUCUGCUGGCGCUGCUGGCGGACGGCAUCCGUUGCCAAGGAGUCUACGCACCCCCAAGCGUGCGCAUCGUACACUCAGGUCAUGCUUGUAACGUGGAAGAGGAGCGGCACACAGAGAGGGUCUACACCAUCCGCGAGGGGGAAACUCUGGAGCUCACCUGCCUGGUCACUGGCCACCCCCGGCCUCAGAUCCGCUGGACCAAGACGGCGGGCAGCGUGUCAGACCGCUUCCAGGACUCCAGCGUGUUCAACGAGACGCUGCACAUCGCAAAGAUCCUGAGGACCCAGGGCGGACGCUACUACUGCAAGGCCGAGAACGGCCUGGGCUCCCCCGCCAUCAAGUCCAUCCGGGUGGACGUCUACUAAAGGGCGUUUCUGGAUCACGCCCGACCCCUACCACAACGAUGACAACAUCCAGAUCGGACGCGAGGUCAAGAUAUCGUGUCAGGUGGAGGCCACGCCCCCGGAGGAGCUGAUGUUCAGCUGGCUGAAGAACGGCCGCGCCCUGCGCAGCUCGGAGCGCAUGGUCAUCACGCAGACGGACCCCGACAUCUCCCCCGGGACCACCAACCUGGACAUCAUCGACCUCAAGUUCACCGACUUCGGCACCUACACCUGCAUGGCGGCACUGCGGGGCGGCGGCAUCCCCGAGAUCAGCAUCGACGUCAACAUCUCCUCCACUACUGUUCCCCCCAACCUGACCGUGCCGCGGGGCAAGUCCCCGCUGGUGGCUCGGGAGGGGGACACGGUGGAGCUGGAGUGCCUUGUUUCAGGGAAGCCCAAGCCCAUCAUCCUGUGGUCGCGGGCCGACAAGGAGGCGCCCAUGCCCGACGGCAGCAUGCAGACGGAGAGCUACGACGGCGUGCUGCGCGUGGUGAACGUGUCCCGCGAGAUGACGGGCUCGUACCGCUGCCAGACCAGCCAGUUCAACGGCUUCAACGUCAAGGCCCGCGAGGCGCUGGUGGAGCUCAUCGUCCAGUACCCCCCCACCGUGGAGCCGGCCUUCCUGGAGAUGCGGCAGGGCCUGAACCGGCCGGUGGUGAUGACCUGCCGCGUGCUGCGGGCACACCCGUCUCGCGUGCUGCGCUUCGAGUGGCUGCUGUCCAACCGGCUGCUUCACGCCGGCGCCUUCACCGAGCACAAGGACGAGACCGAGUACACCAUCCGCAGCCUGAACCGCGACGGCUGGGGCGAGUACACCUGCAACGUCAUCAACGAGGCCGGCACCGGCAAGUGCACCUUCCACGUCACAGGCAAACCCUACCCGCCCGAGUUCUACUACGACACGUACAGCCCGCUGUGGCAGAACCGGCCCCGCGUCUACGGCUUCAAGCUCCAGUGGACCCAGAUGAACCCCAACACCGUGGACCGCAUCGUGGCCUACAGGCUGGGCAUCAGACAGACGGGCCUGCAGCGCUGGUGGGAGCAGGAGAUCCCCGUGGAGGGGGCCAUCACCAAGGGGGAGCUCAUCACCCACAACCUGACGGAGCUCAUCAAGCCCGAGUCCUACGAGGUGCGGCUGACCCCCAUCACCCACUACGCCGAGGGGGACUCCACCACGCGCAUCAUCACCUACAGCGCGCCCAUCAACCCUCAUCUGAGAGAGUUCCACUGCAGCUUCGAGGAGGAGCCCAUCUGCAUGUUCACGCAGGACAAGAACGACGACUUUGACUGGACGCGGCACAGCGCCGCAACACGAGACACCAAGUACACGCCCAACACGGGCCCAAGCGGGGACCGCAGCGGCUCCAAGCAAGGUUUCUACAUGUACAUCGAGACGUCGAGGCCACGAAAGGAAGGGGACCAGGCGCGGCUCAUCAGCCCCUUCUUCAACGUGGCGCCAAAGACCCCCUACGGCAUCACCAACCCCCCGGCCUACUGCCUGGGUUUCUUCUACCACAUGUACGGCAAACACAUCGGUACGCUGAACGCCUUCCUGAAGCAGAAGGGACAGACCACCACCGAGGGUGCGGCAUGGUCCCUCACCGGUAACCAAGGCGACCGAUGGAAGCAGGCCAAAGUCAGCAUCCACCCUUCCUCAUCCUUCCAGGUGGUGAUAGAGGGAGUCCGUGGGCCAGGUAUCGAGGGAGACAUUGCCAUCGACGAUGUUACCCUGGAGGAGGGCGAGUGUCGAGACCCACCGCCCAAUCUGAGAUCUUCGGCUCCGCCCGCCGUCAUCGCCCAUAUAUGGCUGCUGUUCGCCGCCCUGGCGACGACUCUCCUGGGAGGUCAGAGGUGACCUCUCCCCCACACAGGCCCUCCAACCCUGUCGCCUCGGGGGCGAACCGUCCCACCCCGACGUCUGUGAGCUGGUCCCCUCGGCAUCACAUCACCAAAGAACCAUGCAUCCCGGACCCUGCGACCGGACAAGGAGGGAAGAUCUUAAAAAAAACUCAACUAAAAACGUAUCGAGAGAAAAGCCGAAAAAAAACUAGUUCCCGAACACACAAGAAGUAAUAAGGGAGAGUUGUGAUGCUUUUUUUUCGUUUUUCUAAAAAAAGGACUACUUUUUUAAAAGGAGGGCGCAGGACUCUGGAACUCCUUCGCAAAGCACAGAGACAGGGGGAGGGGGGUACGUUGGAUCCCACCCUGGACUUUGGUGCACACGGAUGAAAAGAGGGAGCUUGCAAACAGAACCCUUUGUAAAGCACAAGAACCAUCUCACCGCUGGACCGAGAAAAAAGACAUGAACUUGUUUCAAAGGUCCAAGGGGAUUUUUGUUGUAUUUUCCGCAGAGGAGGAGGAGGAGGAGCAGGAGGAGGAGGUUAAAUACCUGAAUCCCCUGCUUUGUAUUCACAUUCAGACCUUCCUCUCUGUAUGCGCCCACCAUCAUCGACUUCAGCAUCAGGCGCCAGACAGCGACGUUAGGCUUUUACACCC